GGCGGCGCCGCGGCCGCGGCCCGAGCACGCCCUCCACGUACCCCAGUCGCCCGUCGGCGCUACGCACAGGAGCCCCCGCGACGACGUCGCCUCCGCCGCAACGUCCGCCAUCCACCAGCGGCCCCACAAGUCCAUGGAGUUCCUCCUCGACAAGGAGAACCUGCAUUUCGUCAAGCCGCCGGAGAAUGAGCUGCAGAAAGUGGGCGAGCGCGUGCCGAGUGAGCACGAGCUUAGGGUGCAGCGAUCGUUGCAACGACUCAAUGUACCCGACUGGUACAAGAAUUCACCCGCUGCCCGCGACGGCUUCCGGCUGAAGAGGCACUCCGACGCGUCGCAGCAUGGAGGAUGGCGCGCCCUCGGCUCCAAGACCACCUCCCUGUCGUCCCUCUCGUCGUCUUCCAAUCGACAGCCGACCACAGGUGUCCUUCUGAGUCCCAGUCCCACACCCCCCGUAUUCUCGAGAUGGAGUACCAGCUUGCUGAACAGCGCCGGCAGUUCACCCGCGAGUUCGGCCAGGUCGUCCUUCAAUCACCGGCAGCCCUACUUGGGCUGGCGUUCUCAGGAGCGACUGACCAACCCGCGGACGCCGGCGGAACGUCUUGCUCAGGGUAUUCUUCCUCAACUGCAAGCCGCAAACAAGCAACAGCAGCAGCAGCAGCAGCAACAGACAACGAAUCAGCAGCUGGAAGUACGGAACUCGAUAAAGGAGGUGACCUCGGCCAUCGUGCACUACGUGCGGAGCGGCCAGGAGGUCGGCGGAGGCGGUGGCGGCCGGCUCUCGCCUCGACCUCGACCUGAAGAUUGGGAUGACAGGGGCGGAGCGAGGUCUACCAGCCCCAGAGGGAGCGUGAGGCUGUGCUGGAUGGAGAGCUCGUUCGUCGGCACGCGGCCCGUGGACUCGCCGGAGACGCCUAUGAGCCUGGCGACCGACCAGGAGGCCGGCGACUGCUGCAACGCGGCCGGCACCGAGUCCUGCAGCUGCCAGGACUCGGCCGCGUCCGGUCUCUACCUGGACCUGACACCCAGCCGGGACGACGUGCGCCAUCAGCAUCUUCAGGCAUCCUCGGCCGGCCCGUCGCCCACGUCCUUCUCUAACUAUCAUCAUCAUCAUCAUCAUCAUCAGCGUCACCAGCAUCGCCAGCAGCAACAGCAACAUCAUCACCGCGAGUCAGCUAAGAGCGUGAUGGACGUUCAUCAGGCAACCGUCGACGAUCAGCGCAACUUCUACUCGGGCGAGCUGGUGAGACGGAAGAGCGAAGGCAGCGACACUCUGCCCUCGCGAGCUGCGGUUGUCGCCGCCGCCGCCGCCGCCGCCGCCGCAGCUACGUCCUCCUCGUCGUUGAUGCCGCGCGGCGGUGGCGUCCAGCCGCGUCACCGCAGGGUGUCUUUCGACAAUGCCCAGGACUCCACUACCAACGGCAGCUCGGCCGCCAUGGACAAGGUAGUGCGGUGCCGUAACAACAAGUGCGGUAACUCGACCACCCUGGCAGAGGCGAGGAGGACCUACAAGAGCUGCCACAACUGCACCUGCCUGUACUGCUCGCGCGAGUGUCGAAGAGCCCACUGGCAACGCCAUCGCAGGACCUGCCUUCAUUCGCGAGCCGGCAGCCUCUGCCGCCAGGUACUUUCCUCGGCGAAGGAGGACCCGGCCACCCUGAAGCACAUCUCCGCCCUCGCCAGACGGGGCUACGCCGGUCACGGCCGCGGCGCGGUCAAGUGCUUCUUCUCGAGCCCCGAGGCGGCCGAGCGUUUCGUCGGCAACGGCUUCGCCGACCUCGGCGAGCCCACCUACGUGCGCUGGUCGGACUUACUCCCGGGCGAGAUGGGCGCCGAGCUCUACGCCGAACUGAUGCGCCUCUGUAAGACGUACAAUCCGGAAACGCGGCUGGUGCUCUACGUGGCGGUGUGCGUGGUCAGCGAAGUGCCGACUAGCGGCGCGGUCAGGUGGGAGCGGCAAUUGGUGUCCAGGUGUGCGAAGAUCAGGCUCGACGGGGCGGCUAAGCAGCACGCCUCCUCCUCCUCGGCGUCUCCGCAGGCCAGGCGGCGGCUGUCGCAGCAAGCACCUGCGUCCCCCUGUAACAUCACUAGAGAGAUGGACUCGCCCGAGACCCUAGUCUUGACGUCGCUACCCGGCAACAACGGUCAGAACACGCCACGGAAAGCGCGAGAGAUCAGCUUCACCAAUAUACAACGGCAGCUCAGGCUCAGGGGAGUCUCCUUGAGGAGACACUUUCCCCAGGUAUACCGGAAGCUUUGUUCUUACGUGGACGGCUCGGUGGACAAGUUCGCGCCGGUGACCAUCUAUCCCAGAGAUCAGGCGUCCGGUAAGAGUUUCAUGUGUAUCAUCAUGCUGGACGCGGAGCCUGAGCGUCUUCAACUGUUGCCCACGGACUCGUCCAGGGUGAGGACAGUGGACAUCAGCGUGGAGCAAGAGUGAGAGCCGUGUUCGGGUAGAACGAGAUUCAAGAAAUCGGGAGACAGCUCGAGACACGUCGCUCAGGAUUUUCCUCAGGUUCACUCACGGGCGAGAGACGGUCAGCGACGUCUUCGUCUAGACGGAGCUCUUCAAGAUGAGGACUACCGACGUAGUCGGCGGCCGGUGCAAGAGCGGAGCAAGAGCGAAGGUCGCACAUUUGAAGAAAUGAUCAAGAUUAUCGCAGGGGAUCGCGGGAGGGAUUUGCUCAGAAUUUUCCUAAAGUUCUAGAGAAAAAGAUCGAAGAUGGCUACUGACGGAUGCCUUCAGAUUGAAGACGGCUUCAUCAGUCAGUGGAGUCAGAUUUCGAUAAUGUAAAAGUUUAAAAGGUAUCCUAAUUUCGUCGGAUAUCUUUUGAAUGUUUAUAUUGUCCGUGUGAGAGAAUAUUUAGAGUAGAGGAGUAUCUAGAUGAAAAAUGCCGAAGUCCAGAUGGAUCUAGAAGGCUCAACACACAUUUGAGCUUACAGAUUGUGCUCGUAUGAUUUCACACACGCAAGACAUGCAUACGUAAACAAAGACUUUUUCUAUCUUUCCUUCUAGAGAAAAAAGAAAUCGAACGCACGGAAAACGACAAGUAUUACUCUGUUCGUAUCCAUCCUCUUUUUCGAUACCCUAAGUAUCGCGAUCGUAUGAAGGCAAUCCUCCGUCGGAUCCAUUUCGGACAUCCUCGAUUUGGUCGUUGCUGUAUGAGAGAUUUAUUAUAAUCGUUCGCCAGUGUAAGUCUUAUUGAAGAAUUAUUAACGAUCCUUGCAAUCCAAAACAUAUAUACGAUCAAGAACUUCUAAAGAAUAUUUGAAGAAAAUUAAAUAAAUAUUUUCACGCAUUAAAUAAUAUUUUAUUAGCAUGUCACAACGAUUUGAUAAACCAAGUAAAAUAGUCUAUAUAUAGUCAUGUUUCUUUAACGAUUCUUUUGAAGGGAUUGGAAGGAUCAGUGACGAUUUCAAGAAAUUCUCGGCGGAUGGAGCGGAAAGUAAGAUUUAGAGUACAUCGUUGUCUCUUCGUUCAACUUUGCGUUGUUUAAAUAUUUUAUCGUAUAUAUUAUAUGUAAAGAGGCGAGAAACAUUUUUUCUCAGCGGAUACAUUCACGAUCGAUCGCUACGGAAGUUUCGCUUGGAGCCCGACUUUACCAGAGACGGAGAAUGAAAAUCGUGCAAUGCCGAGCCUCGAAAGGGAAUAUAUAUUUCAAGAGUUACAUUGUACAUUUUAGUUUGCUCAUGCAAAUGUCAUUAUUAUAAUUACGACUAACCACGGAACGCCUGCCUUACUUACCGGCAUGUAAAUAUAAUUCCCGUCGUUAUUAAUCGGAUUAAUUUAAAUAAUACGCGCGAACGUAAUCACGAGGUUCUUUUAAUCCGCACUCCUCCCCUUCUUUAACACACAAAAUGGAAAAAAAAAAAAGAUGAACGCGAUAGGUCUCUCGGAGAUGCGGUAUCAAAGAUUUUGCCACAAGUAUGGCGUCCACGUUCAUGACAUCGUGCCAAAUGAGAAAAGCGUGAUAAAAGUCGCGAAAAGCAAACUUUCGGAACGUUGUCGCAGAACAUCGUCACUUUUUCGAUAAAUAUAAACUUCUAAUCUCGAGGGAACGCGCCACGCGUAGAAUUUCGGUGAAAAACGGCGGAAAAAUUUUUCCGCGGAUUAACGAAUCGCCAAUUUUAUUAAUAGUAAACGUAGCUUUAGGUCGAGGUUGCGUCACAAGAAACGACAUUACGAAAGGCUGAAUCUCUUUCCAGCGGGAAAAGAGGAAGGGUGAUCGAUAAUGGGUGCCAAUGAUAACGAGAGACUUACAUCAUUACUUCGUAUAGCAAUAUAAAAACGUACCGGAGGGAAAAGGGAAAAGUUGCAAUCCGAAAUUACGCGAGUGUCGCGACGUCAUCGAGUGACGAUUAAUCAAGCAAUCGACGAUGCUUCGGUGAUCAUAAUUUAAUAGAUAAUUAAUGGGGGGGGGGGGAGAGAAAUCGC